AACCUUACCGUCUCAGUCCACCUCUUUCGUCAAUUUGUGAACAACAAUGACGCACGCACCGGUGGAUAUCUGGAAUGGCAACGGCAAUGCCUUGGGAGCUUCGUCUCCCAAAAAGGUCGCCUAUUUCUACGAUUCCGAUAUUGGUAACUUUGCAUACGUAUCGGGCCACCCAAUGAAGCCUCAUCGCAUUCGGUUGGCGCAUUCCUUGAUCAUGAACUAUGGCGUCUACAAGAAAAUGGAGAUUUACCGCGCCAAACCAGCUACGCGACUGGAGAUGACACAAUUCCAUACCGACGAAUACAUCGACUUCCUACAGCGCGUCACACCCGAGAAUAUGGAUAAUUUCGUGCGCGAACAAGGCAAGUACAACGUCGGAGAUGAUUGUCCAGUGUUCGACGGCCUAUUCGAAUUCUGUGGGAUCAGUGCCGGUGGCAGUAUGGAGGGUGCUGCACGUCUCAAUCGCCAGAAGUGUGACAUCGCCGUCAAUUGGGCUGGCGGACUUCAUCACGCGAAGAAAUCAGAAGCAAGUGGUUUCUGUUAUGUGAAUGAUAUUGUCCUUGGCAUAUUGGAGCUUCUAAGAUUCAAUAAGCGUGUGCUCUACAUCGAUAUCGAUGUCCACCACGGUGACGGCGUGGAGGAAGCCUUUUACACCACGGACCGAGUCAUGACCGUUUCCUUCCACAAGUACGGCGAGUAUUUCCCAGGAACAGGCGAACUUAGGGAUAUUGGUAUUGGUCAGGGACGAUACUACGCCACAAAUUUCCCCCUUCGAGAUGGUAUCGACGACGCCUCGUAUAAGUCGAUCUUCGAGCCCGUUAUCUCUAGUGUCAUGGAAUAUUACAACCCGGAAGCAGUUGUUCUUCAGUGCGGUGGUGACAGCCUGUCGGGUGACCGUCUAGGUUGUUUCAACCUGAGUAUGGACGGCCACUCCAACUGUGUGAAGUUCGUCAAGAGCUUCAACCGUCCAACUCUCGUCCUCGGAGGUGGUGGUUAUACCAUGCGCAACGUCGCCCGCACCUGGGCCUUCGAAACUGGCUUACUGGUCGAUGCGCAUAUGGACCGAACGUUACCAUUUAAUGAAUAUUACGAUUACUACGGUCCCGAUUACACCCUUGACGUCCGAUCGUCAAACAUGGAGAACGCGAACAGUCCCGAGUAUCUAGAAAAAAUCAAGAAUCAAUUGAUUGAGAACCUUCGACGUACGGCACACGCCCCGUCUGUGCAAAUGCAAGACGUCCCUCGUCACUCGAUGGGCGCAAUGUCCGACGAGGAAGAAGCCGAACUUGACGAUCUUGAUGAAGACGAGAACAAGGAUGUUCGAAUGACGCAGCGUCAAUGGGAACAGCGCAUAGAACGCGACAAUGAAUAUGAAGAGAGCGAUAAUGAGGAGCUCGACAGAGCCAAUGGAGUUCAUCGCAAUGGCAGCGCUCGACGUACAUUCCUCGACUACCGAAAUUCGGAUGCCGAGGUCGACAGCGGUGUUGCAACCCCAGCCAAUGGUACCGUUGAAAGUGUCAUCAAGUCUAAGGAGACGGAUGAUAUUGUAAUGGAGGAUGUGGAUAAGGCGCCAGAUCCUGAAGCUGAUGCCGCGGUUGCUCCAAAACCAGACGAGAAAGAGGUCAAAGAGGACGUUCGAGCCACGAGCACAUCCGAGCAGGAAGAUGCCCCCAAGGAAGCACAAGGAUCUGCAAAAUCGGACAAAGAUGGUAGUGAGAGCGAGAAGACAGCUGCUGCCGAAGAUGCCAGCUCAGGAGGUAAGGCCGAGCCGGCCGAGGAAUCCGAUGAGGUUAUGCAGGACACGACCGAGAACAAGAAAUCGCCGGUCGCAGAGGUCGAGAAGUCAUCCACAGCUACGUCAGAUGCCAAGAAUCCAUCACCAGAGAAGGUCGAUCAGGAUGGUGAUGUUGAUAUGGAUGGGCCUGCCCCUGCGCCAGAGCCUGCGCAAGAUGAAGUCAAAAGCGAGCAUUCGACAGAGGCCCCCACCAAGCCGGCAGACGCAGCUCCUAAGGAUACAGCAAGUCCUUAGAACGGCAUAACCUCAUGAUACCCACAUGUUUUGCAGUUUUUUGCUUUUAUUGCCCUUGU